GUGUUCAUUCAGCUUGUUGCUCAUUUUGGAGGCUGCAGUUUGUGCUGCUGUUGAAUGAUAUUGUGUUCUACUGAGAGCUGUUUCUCAUAUUUAGUCCAUUUCUAUCAAUGAGGGUGGACUAAAUAAUAGAAACAGCUGAUGUUCAAAGCAUCAGAGAACAGUAGAGAGAACAGUAGAGAGUCAGUGAUGCAGGAACCUGAAGCUGUUCACCUGUUCCACCUCAGCUCCUUUCAUGUAGACACACUCAUGUGUCUUCACCUCCCGUCUCCUAAAAUCUAUCAGCUGAUUGGUUUUGCUGAUGUUGAGCAGCAGCCUGUCAGAUGUUUGUCUCCUGGCUGUUUGUAAUGGAUGAUGGUGGUGUGGUCCCUCCUCCAGCUGGCAGUAGAAGGCACAUUUGAUGUUUGUAGACUUUGACAGUGAAGUGAUGAUGAAGUGACAGCAGCCUCACAUCAGAUGGACUGAUGAAGGAGAAUCAGCAGCAUCUUCUCUCUCUGUGUUUCCUCCACAGCUGAAGCUCCAAAGUCUCUGUGACUGGAUGUGAACUGAGCAGCUGAACAUCUUCCAUGUUGUAGUGAGUGAGUGCAGCUCUCCCAGCAGCUGUUUCUCUGCUAUGGAUCAGUGUGAGGACAGAGAGGAGGGAGUCCCUCCCUCUAAAAGCUCUCUGUGUGGGGAACAUGACAGCCAGACCAAAGCUCAGAGGAUGCAGCAGCAGAGAGCAGACUCUCCUGAACCCAGCUGUGUGUCCAUGAAGAGUGACGGGUCUAUGGGUGGUCUUGUUAUGUUUAAAGAUGGACAACCUGCUGAUGGAAGUUUUAUUAGUAUCAGGAUGCAGCAGCAGAGAGCAGACUCUCCUGAACCCAGCUGUGUGUCCAUGAAGAGUGACGGGUCUAUGGGUGGUCUUGUUAUGUUUAAAGAUGGACAACCUGCUGAUGGAAGAGUUCAGCAGCAGAGCUCAGAGGUUCCCAGUGAUCAGUCUGCACAGCAGCAUCAAACACAGCUGGACUCCAUAUUUAUGCUGCUGGAGGAGAACAUCGUCACUUUUGUGAAGAACGAGCUGAAGAGAGUCCAGAGGGGUCUGAGUCCAGAUGACCCAGAAUGCCUAGAGAGUCAGAGUGAGGAUGAGGAGGUGUUGGACGGUGAGGAGGAAGAGCAGAGGAGGAGCAGCAGAGAUGCAUUUCUGAAGAUCACUCUGCACUUCCUGAGGAGAAUGAAGCAGGAGGAUCUGGCUGAGCGUCUGCAGAGCAGAGCUCGUGCUGCAAAGUGUCGACGUAAACUCAAGUCUAACCUGGAGAAGAAGUUCCAGUGUCUGUUUGAGGGGAUCGCUAAAGCAGGAAACCCAACCCUUCUGAAUCAGAUCUACACACCGCUCUACAUCACAGAGGGAGGGACUGCAGAGGUCAAUGAUGAACAUGAGAUCAGACAGAUUGAAACAGCAUCCAGGAAACCACACAGACCAGAAACAACAAUCAAACAAGAAGACAUCUUUAAAGCCUCACCUGGUAGAGAUGAACCAAUCAGAACAGUGAUGACAAAGGGAGUGGCUGGCAUUGGGAAAACAGUCUUAACACAGAAGUUCACUCUGGACUGGGCUGAAGACAAAGCCAACCAGGACAUACACUUCACAUUUCCAUUCACUUUCAGAGAGCUGAAUGUGCUGAAAGAGAAAAAGUACAGCUUGGUGGAACUUGUUCAUCACUUCUUUACUGAAACCAAAGAAGCAGGAAUCUGCAGGUUUGAAGAGUUCCAGGUUGUGUUCAUCUUUGACGGUCUGGAUGAGUGUCGACUUCCUCUGGACUUCCACAACACUGAGAUCCUGACUGAUGUUACAGAGUCCACCUCAGUGGAUGUGCUGCUGACAAACCUCAUCAGGGGGAAACUGCUUCCCUCUGCUCGCCUCUGGAUAACCACACGACCUGCAGCAGCCAAUCAGAUCCCUCCUGAGUGUGUUGACAUGGUGACAGAGGUCAGAGGGUUCACUGACCCACAGAAGGAGGAGUACUUCAGGAAGAGAGUCAGAGAUGAGGAGCAGGCCAGCACCAUCAUCUCCCACAUCAAGACGUCACGAAGCCUCCACAUCAUGUGCCACAUCCCAGUCUUCUGCUGGAUCACUGCUACAGUUCUGGAGGAUGUGCUGAAAAGCAGAGAGGGAGAAGAGCUGCCCAAGACCCUGACUGAGAUGUACAUCCACUUCCUGGUGCUUCAGUCCAAACUGAGGAACAUCAAGUAUGAUGGAGGAGCUGAGACAGAUCCACUCUGGAGUCCAGAGAGCAGGAAGAUGAUUGAAUCUCUGGGAAAAUUGGCUUUUGAGCAGCUGCAGAAAGGCAACCUGAUCUUCUAUGAAUCAGACCUGACAGAGUGUGGCAUCGAUAUCAGAGCAGCCUCAGUGUACUCAGGAGUGUUCACACAGGUCUUUAAAGAGGAGAGAGGGCUGAACCAGGACAAGGUGUUCUGCUUCGUCCAUCUGAGCCUUCAGGAGUUUCUGGCUGCUCUUCAUGUCCAUCUGACAUUCAUCAAGUCUGGAGUCAAUCUGCUGGCAGAAGAACAAAAAACAUCAUGCUGGUCUAAAGUCUUUAAAACCAAACCUGAACCAACACGUUUCUACCAGAGAUCUGUGGACGAGGCUUUAAAGAGUCCAAAUGGACACCUGGACUUGUUCCUCCGCUUCCUCCUGGGUCUUUCACUGCAGACCAAUCAAAGUCUCCUACGAGGUCUGCUGACACAGAUAGGAAGUAGCUCACAGACCAAUCAGGAAACAGUCGAGUACAUCAAGGAGAAGAUCAGUGAGAAUGUGUCUGCAGAGAGAAGCAUCAAUCUGUUCCACUGUCUGAAUGAACUGAAUGAUCGUUCUCUAGUGGAGCAGAUCCAACAGUACCUGAGAUCAGGAAGUCUCUCCACAGAUGAACUGUCUCCUGCUCAGUGGUCAGCUCUGGUCUUCAUCUUACUGUCAUCAGAUAAAGAUCUGGACGUGUUUGACCUGAAGAAAUACUCUGCUUCAGAGGAGGCUCUUCUGAGGCUGCUGCCAGUGGUCAAAGCCUCCAAAAAAGCUCUGCUGAGUGGCUGUAACCUCUCAGAGAGAAGCUGUGCAGGUCUGUCCUCAGUUCUCAGCUCCCAGUCCUCUAGUCUGAGAGAUCUGGACCUGAGUAACAACAACCUGCAGGAUUCAGGAGUGAAGCAGCUUUCUGCUGGACUGGAGAGUCCACACUGUACACUGGAAACUCUCAGUCUGUCAGCAUGUAAGAUCACAGAGGAAGGCUGUGCUUCUCUGGCCUCAGCUCUGAGCUCCAACCCCUCCCAUCUGAGAGAGCUGGACCUGAGAUACAAUCAUCCAGGAGACUCAGGAGAGAAGCUUCUGUCUGCUGGACUGAAGGAUCCACACUGGAGACUGGACACUCUCAGGAUGGACCAUGAUGGACUGCAGAGACUGAAACCUGGUCUGAGGAAGUGUGAGUGUGUUUUCAGUUUGAUUCAUGAGAACUUUGAGAAAAACUGGAUGAAAUAUGUAAAAGAAGUGAAAAAAGUUCAAAAUGAUGGAAAAUGUGUUUUGUCAGAAAUGGGCGUGGCCUAAACUGACAUUUAUCUUGAACCAAUGAAUCCAUGAAACAGAAAUUUCCUUCUGUUCGUCACAGUUCAGGAGUUAAAAGAGAAAUGUUUUAUAAAUGUCCACAUGGUGGCGCUACCUGCUCCAAAAUGUCCCUCAUGUCUCUCCUGCAGAUAAAGUUCAUUCAUUCAUUCUGACUUCAGCUGUUUGGAGCAUUUGGACUAAAAUGUGUUUGUAACAGACGACAGUUUGAGAUGAAAAUAACAGACUUGAUGUGCAAAGACCUUCA